CACAGAUGCCUGCAUACAUAUAAAAAAAUAAAAAAUAUAAAAAAAUAUAUAAAAAAUAAAUAAAUGCAUAGUUUGAACUUGGUGUGAUUUAAUUCAGUCCCGCCGAAUCUUCUUUCAAUUCACCAAAAUCCAUUUGCAAAUCCUCCCCUCAGUGCUCUUUCGCCAUGGCACAACCUCGGAUUGCCGUCGUGGGAGGAGGGAUAGCGGGUACUUUGUGCUCUCUGGUGCUGAAGAAUCGAGGCCUUCAUGCGACGUUGAUUGAUGCUGGGCGAAGAGGCGUUGGAGGGCGAUUGCGGAACCAUGGGGCUCAGUUCCUAAGGGCAGCCGAUCCACGGCUUACCACCGUAGUAGGCAUGUUGGAGCAUCAAGGCUUGGUAGCUCCGUGGAAAGGAAAAUUUGGAAUGCUGGGGUCUUCUGGUGGUGGAUUCCUGCCGGCAGAAGUAGUGAGUCAAAACAUGGGGAUUUCUAGGAGAAUGGAAGAGCAGAAAUCUGCAGAAGAAAACAGCAAGGAUACCCUUAAUACCCCAGCCUCGGAUGGAGGCGAUUUCUGCAACUUCGUCGAAGGAUCACAUGUUCCAGCUUAUGUUGGAACUCCCUCCAUGACUGAGCUUUGUCCUCAAAUCAGUCGAUUGGCUGGUAUUGAAGAAGUGAACGACUGCAAGCUCGUCGACGCUACACCUUUGCGGGAAGGUGGAUGGAAUUUGCAAGUCGAAAGCAGCAAUGGUGACACUGUUAUUGAUCCCACGGAAAAAUUUGAUGCCUUGGUUUUGGCUACACAAGAUCCAUCCCUGGCUUCUGGAGUUAUUCGGUCGAUUGUGGACGCUGAAGUAAAGGUUGGAGGCUAUGCAAACCUAGAAGAAGCUACUAGCUCGACCGACGAUGCCUCGUUGGUCAUUGGAAGACUGGGGCAAAUUGCAGACUCGCUGCAGCGAGUUCGAGAUCAGGAUCGAGUGCCAGUGUUUGCAGUCUCGCUCAAAUUUCCAAACGGUUUUUCCCAGGGUAUCCCAUUCGAUGCUGUGAGCGUGCCCGCGAGCCAAACAGUGCAACUUUUGGUCCGGGAGGCUUCCAAACCAGGCCAUGUUCAAGAAGAACACAUGGAUGGAGAAUGGUGGACGGCUAUUACGACGUCACGGCUGGCAUCCCUGGUUCUAGGCCAUUCAGACCUGUCCGACAGUACAAAGCUCGCACAAGUGGAAAAAGUGGUAACAGACGAAGUCAUGGCAUUGGUGGCAAGUUAUUGCGGUGGGCAAGCGCCCGAACCUGCAGAAGUUUAUUCAAAGCGAUGGAGCUCUGCAUUUUGCUCCCAAGGACUAAAACUGCAAGAAGACAGUAUAUUUUUAGCUCCAUGGCGUCUGACAGUCUGCGGCGACUUUAUCAGGGAUAAUUCUGCCUAUUCCACUCCGUUGGAAGCUGCAGCUUUGAGCGGUUUAGAGGCUGGUGAACGGACCGCUGCGUUAUGGGUCAAUCAGGAACAAUGAUAGCAUGUGCAUGAAACGAUACCAUUGAUCUAGCCGCCAAGCAAAAUGGAUGGAACCCACUUGUUGAGCAUUGAGCAUGUGCUGAGUGCUGACUGAAGGAGAUUUUGUUUUUUUCUCUUUUUAAUCCACGCAGGCUUGCAAAACUAGGUUCUUAGUUUUU